UAGGCAUAAAAACAUAAAAAACAUGCGCAGUUUCAUACGAAUAAAGUAAAACAAUCUACUUUUUUAGGUUAUCAAUAUUUUUUAUCAUAUCUUGUGUUUCUGUGCUAUUGUUCGAUUUCUACUCAAUUAAUAAUUGCUACACAAAAACAGUAUAUAUUGUCAAUUAGAUAUUAAGAACAUCGCAGUUUGCCCACAGGAAUUUAGUCAAGUGCCCAUUAGUUUCCACUAUGGCUACAUCAGUGUCAGUUGAUGAGCGUAUGUUAAAAGGAAUAAGAAAAAUAAUUCCAAAUUUGAAUAAUACCAAAUAUAAAGGACAAGAUGGUAGAAUUGGAAUAUUUGGUGGUAGUAUCGAAUAUACCGGUGCCCCAUAUUAUGCAGCAAUGAGUGCACUUCGCACUGGAUGUGACUUAGUGCAUAUAUUUUGCGUGAAAGAUGCAAGCAUUCCUUUGAAAUCAUUUAGCCCAGAACCUAUUGUUCACCCAGUUUUAGAUCAAUAUGAUGCUAUUAAACAAAUAAGACCAUGGCUUGAUCGUUUACAUGUAAUCGUUAUCGGACCAGGUCUUGGUAGAGAUGAUAAAAUAUUUAAAACAAUUGUUGAAUUAAUUUCAAUUUGUCGUGACAUGAAAAAGCCACUAGUAAUUGACGCAGAUGGAUUAUUUCUAAUUAGCCAAAAGCCUGAUAUUAUAAAAGAGUAUCCAGGCGUAGUUCUUACUCCUAAUGCGAUGGAAUUCAGUCGUCUUGUUAAAGGAGUACUGGACAAAAAUGUUCAACCUACGCCAAUGAUUAAAACUAACGAUGUUAAACAUUUAGCAGAUGCAUUUGGCAAAAAUGUAGUAAUUUUGCACAAAGGAGCAAAGGAUGUAAUUGCAGAUGGACAUAAAGGUACAGAAGCUGUGUCAUGUGGAUUAGCAGGUUCUGGAAGAAGAUGCGGAGGUCAAGGAGACUUACUGUCUGGUGCGUUAGCUGUAUUUUGGUGGUGGGCUAUUUGCGCUGGAAGUAGUGAAAGUGCUUUGUCACCUCCAAUAGCUGCAAGUUACGCCGCAUCUAGAUUAGUAAGAGAAUGCAAUGCAUCUGCAUAUAAGAUAAAGCAAAGGGGAAUGCUAACAUGUGAUAUAUUGGAACAAAUACAGCCAGUUUUUGCUAGAAUUUUUGAAACUCAUUGUAACAAGUGAGCUACUUAGCUAAAACGACUAUAAUUCUGAUGUAAAAUAUUUUUAUAUGAAACAGAAUUGUUUUUUCUUUAAAAGUUUUAAAUAUAAAAUCCUUAUGUAUAUGUUGUAUAGAUCAAUUAAUAAUAAUUGAUAAUAAUAUUGAUAUUGAUUAUAGAACAUCUUCAUUCAAUGGGAGAAGUCGAACACGAAGCACUGAUUCCUGAAUUAUAUCUAUAACCCCUUAAUUUUUCAUUGUACAUAAAAAUUUAGUAUAUUUUUGGAUCAUUAAAACAUGAAGCGAUAACAUUAGAAAGGAAAAUUAUAUAAAUUCAGGAAUGUAAAAAUCACAAUGAAUUUAUUAUAACUAAUGAUAGAUCUUUUUAAUGUCAUUAAAUGCAUUACAAAAUAAAUAAAACACUUUAUAAGCUUU